AUGGGGAUCAUUAACUGGAUGCAGAAUCGCUUCAAUAAUGGUAAACAUGAGAAGAGGCGACCCGAGGACGCCGCCAUUAGCUCAGCUCGCGAAAGCUGCCGCCAAGACCACGCGUGCGAGGGCAAGAUCUCCAACGGCGACUGGCCGCCACAGGGCCUCCUCUCGAUCGGGACACUGGGCGACGACCCACCGCCGGCGGCGGGGGAUGGAGGUGGAGGGCCGCCGCGCGCGUCGCAGGCCGACGUGCUGGACUUCACCAUCGAGGAGGUGAAGAAGCUGCAGGACGCGCUGAACAAGCUGCUCCGGCGCGCCAAGUCCAAGUCCAGCUCAUCCCGCGGGUCGGGCGCCACCGACGAGGACCGCGCCAGCCAGCUGCCGCUCGACAGGUUCCUCAACUGCCCCUCCAGCCUCGAGGUCGACCGGAGGAUCUCCCUGAGGCACGCCGCGGGCGACAGUGGUGACGAGAACGGCGAGGCGUUCUCGCCGGACACGCAGAUCAUACUGAGCAAGGCCAGGGAUCUCCUCGUCAACAGUAACGGCACCACCAUCAAGAAGAAGUCGUUCAAGUUCCUCCUAAAGAAGAUGUUCGUCUGCCAUGGCGGCUUCGCCCCCGCACCGAGCUUGAAGGAUCCAGUUGAAUCAAGGAUGGAGAAGUUGUUCAGAACGAUGCUUCAGAAGAAGAUGAAUGCUCGCCCGAGCAAUGCUGCAGUGUCAUCCAGGAAGUACUACCUCGAUGACAAACCGAGUGGGAGGAGGAUGAUACGGGAUGGUCGCCACGAUGAAGAGGAUGAUGAAAAGGGCUCUGACAGAAUCAAGUGGGAUAAAACUGAUACUGACUUCAUUGUUCUGGAGAUCUAG